AAACAUUUCCUGUAUCAGUACCCAAAGUGGAAAUUAUUUCAAGGCUGAAGACAAUGUCAUUCAAGUUGGUGAAGACUUUAUACCUAGAUCACAUCUUUUGAAGACUUACCAAAAAGUGCACCAACACUAUCAACAGGAAGUUGUGAAAUGUUGUUAUUUGACCACCCAGAAAUAUUUUAAUUCUGUCAAAUAUUGUUUAUUGUCAGUAACUGAAGUAGGACUCCUUUUUUUAUUCUCAUUGGAUGUUUGGUUCUUUCCACCUUGUGGAUUUGUUUUUCACUGCUGCCUAUGGAUUCUCACAAAUCCACACCUCCUUUGGACCAUAUACUGAAGCAUGAUUGCUAUCUGUUUGGAUUAGAAGCUAAGAUAGACUGACCUUUUAUAGUUGUGUUUUGUUUUCUCUGUUUGCCAAGUGGAUGAUUCGCCAAGUUAUCCAAAGUAGAAAUGGAUUGGAGGACUGACAGCUGGUUGAAACCUACCCUUUGGAUUAUUAUGUUUUGGACACCUUCCUGCUGCUAUUUUACUUUAGCACGAUAAGAGUUUUUUAAAGAUGGGAAAGAGACAGAAAUAUCUGUCACCUGAUUGCACAACUUAGUUUCUUUCCCAUCAUAUUUUUGAAAUUUUUGCUGUUUUUUGUGGUUCAAGUUACUUUUAAAGAUGAACUGCAGUAUCUUUUUGUGUUCUCCCACCCUGAUGUAGGCCUCUUUGGCUUCCCUAUAAAAAGGACAGGAGGCAUAUGAUAAAUUAAGAAGGCUGAAACCCCCUAAAGGAUAUCCUCACAUAAGUGAAAGAAACAGUACUAUAGUAGCUGAGCCGCUGUGGCGGUGCGGUAUCAUGGCAGCAGAUCACGGCGAGCUGCUUGCUGAAAUGGCAACCAUGGGGCGUCUGAGUGCCACAGAACGGCUCAAGCAUGCCAAGAAGCGCCGCGCUCAGCAGCUGAAGGCUUGGGCACAGAUGGAAAAGGAUGCAGUACGAGGGUCGAGGGCCAAAGCAGAUAAGAAGAAGCCACGCACCACCAAAGUGACAUUCCCCAGUGCUGUCACCCUGCUUGAUGCUGCUUCCCGCAACGACCUGGAUGAAGUGAGGGAGAUGCUUAACAGCGGAAUCAACCCCGAUCUGGUCAACGAGGAUGGACUGACUGCUCUGCAUCAGUGCUGCAUUGAUGAUUUUGUGGAGAUAGUGCAGUGUCUGCUAGACGCUGGUGCCAAUGUGAAUGCUUGUGACAGUGAGUUGUGGACCCCUCUGCACGCUGCUGCCACCUGUGGACACACUGGUCUGGUGCAGCUCCUGAUUCAGGGUGGGGCCGAUCUGCUGGCUGUCAAUGCGGAUGGCAACAUGCCUUAUGACAUCUGUGAGGACGAGGCUACCCUUGAGCUGCAUACACCGAAGUUGAAAUGGAUCAUUGUUUUACUGCUUCCCCUCCUGUCUCUCAUUUCUAUGUGCAGUAAAGUGGUGCGUCGCGUCAGCGUGAACGAGCGCUCCAGUCUCUACCGCCGGGAGCACCACAAAGAGGCCAUGGUGUGGCAGGAGCGCGGUCGACAGCCCGAGCCGCAGGACGACGAUGAGGACAGACAGACCGACAAUGAGUUGCACCAGCAUGCCACCACGGUUGCUACUCGAGGUGCAGCAACAUCACAUUUGGAAGAACUGGAGGCUGCAGACAGGAAAAUUAUGCCCAGCCUAGGGAAUGGAGAGACCUCUGUUUCUCUGGCAUCUUCUGUACCUGGAGAGCAGUGGAGUGGGGGAGGAAUCAUGGAGCGUAGCGCCUCCUACCAGCUCGGCUCUGUGUCUGGAGUGGGGUCUGCAGAGGGCGAGGGGGCAGACAAUAUGACUCGGGAGAAAUCACACCACACCUUGGCUGACCUGAAACGCCAGCGGGCAGCUGCUAAGCUCAAUAAAUACCAAGCACCUGCACCACCGCUGCCCUCGCCCGUUGAGGAGGAGCCCUCCGUUGCAGCAGCUGAGGUGACAGCCAUUCAGGCUCAGCCAGAUCCUGAAAUGACGCCUGCCGCCGAGGCAGUCUCCCCCAGUCAGGUGUACUUCACCCCAGCCAGUGGAGAUCCUCCACUUCUGAAACUCCGAGCCCCUGAGGAAGAGCAGUCCGACAAUAAGGAGCCUUGCUGUGGACUCAUGUAGCAAGAAUCAUGCAAUCAGACAAAUAUGCUGCCUAUAAAGUACAAAAGCUGGUGGCAAAAAGUGGCAAAAAAUCCUGUUAAAACAGACAUGCUUUAAGUGAAUCACUGGAGACUCUUUAGGUUAAGGCUACAUGCCAAUGAUGGAUCAAUCUGCUUUGCAUUUCCAAGUGAACUAAAGUGCAAUCUGUGAUUAUUCCUCCUUUGAUUAGCUUUCUCAUUUCUGUUGCACAUUUCACACCUUUAGCAGGUCCUAGAUUUCCCUCCUGCUUCACCUACAGGAGAACUCCAGAUUGUAGUCUUGCAGUUAGAAGCAGACAGCUCCCCCACUCCAUUUCUUGGGGCAUUACAUUACUCAUCUCUUAAAUACACAAUUAGACUGGCUGAAAGCCAUAGAAUCAUGUGAAGUUUUCUAGAUAAGGCAGAAGACUGAAUUGCAGCUGAUUUGUUUUAAAUCAAUGAGGUUCUUUUUUUUU